CGACAAUCAAAAAUGAAUAUACGGAACAAUAUCUAGAUGAAAAUAUGAUUCCCAAUUCAUUCCGUCAGUUGACGGAUGAACACUUUCCUUUGUUCAUUACCUAUGAAAAGUUCUCAAAAAUGCUUCUUGGAACGUAUGAAAUUGAUAUUCAAAAGCUGAUUAAGCAACAAAAAUCUGGCACUAACAAUGAAAAGGAGUUCUGCUUUUCGUUUAAUAUCUCUGAUUCGUAUGAUCCACAUUUUGUGGACUACCGAGUCUUUGCUAUAAAGUAUUGGCCUCGUUUGAAUCCUGAAAUCGACUGCUUAUCAAGGGAGGAAUAUAGAGCUAUUAGCAUUAAGAGAUAUCCGACAUUUUGUCACAAUCGUGACAAGAUUUAUGAUUUAUUUUUACGAUAUAAUGAAAUGAAAUCACAAAAUGGUGAUUAUGACUCAGCAGACCGUCCGCCAAUUAAUGAAAUAUACAUAGACGAGUGUCAGGAUAACCAAAUUGUGGAUAUUGCGCUUAUCCUAAAACUCUUUGAUAACGCAAAUGGUAUCUUUUUAGCUGGGGACAUAGCACAGUGCAUUGCACGAGGAUCUUCCUUUCGAUUCCAAAGCGUACGCUCCUUAAUGUAUACUUGGGAACUUAGCCGGCUUGAGCGAUCCCUAACUAAUUAUAAUCGAUGUAACACCAUAAGCCCGAAACAAUUCGAGCUAAAUAUUAAUUAUCGUUCCCACAAUCAAAUCCUUAAACUCGCUUCGUCAGUAAUUGAUCUUAUUUGGCAUUUUUUUCCUGAUUCAAUCGAUAAAUUAUCAUGUGAACGUAGCGAGAUUGGUGGUCCAAAACCUGUGGUCUUUUGUGAUGUUCAAGCUAAAGAUCUAUUUGAUAACUUUUCCACGGACAAGCAAGGAGAGCAUAUAAAUAACUAUAUCGAAUUUGGAGCCAAGCAGAUGAUUAUUGUACGUGACGAAGAAGCUAGGCAGCAAGUUGAGAACCUCAUAGGAGACGCAGUAAUGGUGGAAACAGUGUUUAAUUGUAAAGGAAUGGAAUUUAAUGAUUGGAGAAUAAUUUACUCCACUUUAGACAAAAACAUAACGGGAAUUCCGGUUUUCUCCCAUGAAAAACAUUGUAUUCUUUGCUCUGAACUCAAACAACUUUACGUUGCAGUAACCAGAGGUCGGCGGAGUGUCUGGAUAUUUGAUGAAAAUCCUAUAUAUGGCAAUCCGAUCUGUACAUAUUGGGAAGAAAAAGGACUUAUAAGAAUAAGUAACGAUGCGAAAGAAAUCAUCUUAUUUGCUAAAGAAAGCAGCCCUGAAGAAUGGGAAGAGGAGGGAAAAGAAUUUUUAGAGAAAAAGAAUUUCAAACAGGCCUCUUUCUGCUUUAAGAAAAGUGGAAACGAGAAACUUCGUAAUUUAGCCCAUGCAUAUCAUCUUCAACAGAUCGCCAGAGACUCUGUAAGCUGUUCAGAUAGUGCAACAAAAAAGAAAAAUUUUACACGUGCAGCUCAAGCUUUCAAGACAUGCUUAGAUCCGUUUCAGGAAGCUUUAUGUUAUGAGGAAGGUGAAAUGUAUGAAGAAGCAAUUGAUAUUUACACUAAAUUAAAAGAAUACGAACAUGCUGCACGUUGCUAUUAUAAGAACAAUAAUUUAGAGAAAACUGGCGAAUGCUUUGAAAAGGCAAAUAAGUACACUGAAGCUAUUCUUGUCUAUAAGAAUGGUAAAUUUUAUAAAAAAGCAAUCGAUUUAAUGGAGAGGAAAAAGAAAGAAAUUAAUAGUGAUAAACUUGAUCAAGUUAUCAAAAUCGUCUAUUUUCAUUAUCGUCAAGCAAAAAAUGAAGAGAUGUCCAAAAGAAUUCUUUUGAUUAUUGAAACGCAGGAUAAACGUGACAAACUUAUUAUGGAAUAUGCACAAGAAGUAGAGAUUAUGGAAGCUAAAGAACUGCAAUCACGUGGAAAAUUCGAAGAAGCUGCUAAUAUGUUUAUAAAUACUAUUAAAAGUUAUGAUACUUUUACCGAAUCAUUACAAUGUCUUUUAUAUCUAUGUAGGAUAAAUGCACUCAAUGUGAUUAAAGAUACCAUGGAUUCUAAUGUUCUUGAUGAGUUAAAUAGGCUUCAUAAAAAGGCAAUUAAUAUUAUUAAUGAAGCAAAAUCACAGCAAGACAUAUCAGAAAAGCCCCAACAGUGGAAUAGUUUAAUAGAAGAGUUACAACUGUAUAAAACUUAUUUAAAUAAAGACCUUGAUCAAAUAUAUGAGUACAUUAUACAUUUUAGGAAUCGCAGAGAUAUAACCGCAGAGUUUCGUGCAAUAAUCAUCUGGCUGAAACUUCCACAGCAAUAUAUUUACUCCAAAUACCGUUGUAGGUUAGAAUGUUUACUGAGAUUAUAUGAAAUAUCACUUUCUUUUAUGGUUCUUCAUGAUAAUAAUGGAAACAAUCUCGAAAAUAUUUUUGCCGUGGAUGCUGAGAAUGUUGAUGAUGUGGAUAAUAAUUUGGAGAAUCAAAUUGAUCGUAUUCUAGGUACAAUGAAUUUGAAAGAGGGGAAAGUAAUCGAGGGAAUUCAUGAAAAUUACGAAAAAAUUUUUGCUAUAAGCACUGUGAAUAAUAAUCCAAAUAAUCGGCAAAUUUCCUAUAACCAUCCUCUUCUUCAUAUAAUUAAUAAGUACAGUUUAGGAAAGGGAAAAUUAAUCGACAAUUAUUGGAAAGUCUAUAAAAAGAAUGUCAUUUACUAUGCGAUAUCGAAAACUCUUUCUUUGUAUAUCCAAAGGCUUAUUCUAAAAAUCGACAAGGAUGGGCAAAAGAUUCCGGAUAUAGCUUUUGAAAUAUGCAGAGAAUGUGCAUCUUCGAGUGUAUGCCGAAGUCAAGAUAAACAAAGACAUCAUAUAAAGCCAACACCAUUAACUUUAUAUGAACGUCUGAAACUUGCAUCUCUUCAGUAUACUGCAAUACAUCAAUUAGAUGCGAUAAGAAAAGAGUUUAAAAUGGUUUCAAAAAUUAAAUGCAAUUCUGAAUCGAUUGGGGAUUCUGAAACAAUUGAGAAUUCUGAGGCGAUUGGAGGUUCUGAGGUGAUUGAGGAUUCUGAGGAAAUCGGAGAUUCUGAGGAGAUUGGGGAUUCUCAAGCGAUUGAGGAUUCUGAGGUGAUUGAGGAUUCUGAAACAAUUGAAGAUUCUGAAGCGAGUGAGGAUUCUGAGAUGAUUGAAGAUUCUGAAGCGAUUGGGAAGAAACUUUCAUCAUUUAUUUUGUCAAUAUAUUCUAAAGAUACUACUCAUAUCACCUUUAACAACAUAUUAGGAUUUAUUGAUUAUAUAGUUGAAAAUAAUCAAUCAGUUAUGAUAAAUUCAUUUGAAGCAUUCAGUGACCUUACAUCGCUCAUGGAGCUCACAACUACUCUGAUUUUGGCAACUCAACUAAAAAAUUCCGAAUUCUGCCUUCCACGGAGUUAUUUAUUCAACUAUCUUAAUCCCUUCAAAAUUAAUUUAUCUUCAAUUCGAUGUGAUGAAAAUGAACUUACAGCGCAUCUCGAAGAAAUAGUCAAUCUAGUUAAAAAACUUUUCGACAAAUUAAUUUCUAGAAU